GACUGAAAAUAGAUCCAGCUGGGUUUGGUCUGGCAAUCAUCUCUUACCGAUCCCAGCACCAGUUCCACCAAAAUAAAGGGACUGUAUCGACGCCUCGCGACCGGAUAUACCGACACUUUGUGGUCUGACUCGGUCCUGUUGACUUCCAUCAGUUCACUUUAUAUUUAAAAAUAUAAAUUUAACGUAUAGUUUGGUGGGUUUUUUUUUUAACGCAACCGAAGUGAUGUCUGUGGCGGGGUUGAAAAAGCAGUUCCAUAAAGCCACCCAGAAAGUCAGUGAGAAGGUCGGAGGGGCGGAAGGAACCAAACUAGACGAUGACUUCAAAGAAAUGGAAAAGAAAGUUGACAUCACCAGCAGAGCGGUGCUGGACAUCAUGACCAAAACCACAGAGUACCUACAACCUAACCCAGCAUCCAGAGCCAAACUGAGUAUGAUCAACACCAUGUCAAAGAUCCGCGGACAGGAAAAGGGACCUGGUUACCCCCAGGCAGAGAGCGUCCUUGGGGAUGCCAUGUUGAAGUUUGGACGGGAGUUAGGGGAGGAGUCCUGCUUUGGUUUGGCGCUGAUCGAUGCCAGUGAAUCCAUGAAGGAGCUCGGAGAGGUCAAAGACGCUCUGGACAUGGAGGUCAAACAGAACUUCAUCGACCCGCUGCAGAACCUCCACGACAAAGACCUCAAAGAGAUACAGCACCAUUUGAAGAAGAUGGAGGGCCGCCGUCUGGACUUUGACUACAAGAAGAAGCGCCAAGGGAAAGUCCAGGACGAUGAGAUCAAACAGGCGCUGGAGAAGUUCGACGAGAGCAAAGAGAUCGCAGAGCAGAGCAUGUUUAACCUGCUGGAGAGUGAUAUAGAGCAGGUGAGCCAGCUGGCAGCAUUGGUUCAAGCACAGUUGGAGUACCACAGCCGCUCUGCAGAAAUCCUUCAACAGCUCUCCAGCAAGAUGGAAGACAGGAUAAAAGAAGUGUCCAGUAAACCCAGGAAGGAGUAUGCUCCAAAACCCAGAAUGACACUGGAGUUGCUGCCUGUCAGCGAGAGCCACAACGGGGGGAUACAUUCAGCCAAAUCACCGGGAAGAUCACCAGCCCCCAUGGACCAGCCCUGUUGCCGAGCACUCUACGACUUUGAACCAGAGAACGAAGGCGAGCUGGGAUUCAAAGAAGGCGACGUCAUCACCCUGACCAACCAGAUUGACGACAACUGGUACGAAGGCAUGAUCAACGGCCAGUCGGGCUUCUUCCCCAUCAACUACGUGGAUAUCUUGGUGCCGCUGCCUCAUUAGGUACCAUCAUUGACCUGAUCUUUCCCCCCCAACAAAUCAAGACAUCCCGAAAAAUCAGCCUGUAUUUGCGUAAACAACAAGCCACGCCCUUCUUCUACUUCUUCUGUGCUUCUGUGCGAUUCCGCUUUCACAAAACGGACUGAACCAACUGUGAUGGAGACGGACAGGUUGGAUAAGAUGGAGCAGUCGGGCAGUGAUUCCCCCGAGAGGAGGAUUUAAGUGUGACAGAUUCAGUAGAGAGGGAGAGGGAUUGAAAGAGAAGAGGAAGAGAUGAUGAUCUUUUACAGCACAGUGCUCACUCUGUAGUGCUCCACUCAGCCAGCCGGCGCUGGAUCCCCAUGUGGCUUUCGAAGACUUACGAAUAAGGCACGGUGUAUAUGUACGUGCAUGUAUGUGUCUGUGUGUUUUGACCUGUUCUUACUCUACUAUGAUCAAGCCAGCACAAAUUCCUGCUCGUCAGUUAAAAUGCCUGACAGCUUUUUCUGUGAUACCGUCUUCUUAUGUUUCUUGCUGUCUUUCUCUCAGAGUACUUCUCUUUUCUACCUUGACUUGCCUUCCUGCGCUCCUCUUCAGCCCUAGAUUUCUCAGCACUUUCUAACUUCGGCUAGCACUGCCUUUCAGCAUGGCUCCAUAAUGUAUACAGAUCUCGAACCCAUAAUCCAGAGUUACAGAGAGUCAUUAGACCCUUCUGUUUUUGGUUUGAGUAGUACUUUUUUAACAUACUCUUUUUCUCUGAGUCUGCAGAGACUCUCCACUUACUGGCUGUAAGCAUGAACCAGCCCAGUCAAACAUUGGAGUGAUCAAACACCAGUGAAGUUUCAGAGAUGCAUCUUUGGAAUAAAACAGUAACUGCAAUAAGUAGAUUUCUCCAGAAUGAAGAAGUGCAUACUUGUUUGAAACCCAUUUAUUGUUCAAUGGGAGAGUAAGCAGGUUUUUAAAGUCGUGCGGGUCAGGAGACUUGUCCAUUACGUCAUUGAACAUUUCAGGAGAGCCAUCUAAAAGAACAGUUUGGGGAUGAUGUUCCCAUGACAGCAGUGAUACAUUAACACAACCAGCACAGGCCAGGUGUAUUGACCAGAGCUUUUUAACAGGUUGGUGUGCAUCAAGGGAAACAUGCUUGUUUUUUCUCUGCAUACUCUGCUAAGUUACCUGAUCACAGUGUUUCGUGUGUAUUGUGUGGAGUAGAUGCUUGUUGAUUCGUCUUAAUCGUGGCUUUUGCAUGAAGACUGCGUGUUUAGUUGUAGUCGUUCUCAAGUUGCCGUUUCAACGUUUCCUUCCUUCAGUUAGUUUCACAAAGGCUGCUUGGUGCGUCCUUCAGGCAACAGAACGUCCUGCAUUGGGUCCAAAUAUACCACGACAUCUCCCAAGUUUUCUAGAACCCCGCUAAACAUUCCGUAACUCAAAUACACUCUAGACUACAGACCGAUUCAUGGAACCUUCAAGACAUAUACUGUCUUUUAUGUCAUUCAGGAACCUUUCAAAGAUUCUGGAACCUUUCAAACACUCUGGAACCUUUCAAACAUUCUGGAACCUUUUAAACAUUCUGGAACCUUUCAAACGUUCUGGAACCUUUCAAACACUCUGGAACCUUUCAAACAUUCUGGAACCUUUCAAACGUUCUGGAACCUUUCAAACACUCUGGAACCUUUCUAACAUUCUGGAACCUUUCAAACGUUCUGGAACCUUUCAAACGUUCUAGAACCUUUCAAACGUUCUGGAACCCUUCAAACAAUCUGGAACCUUUCAAACUAUCUGGAACCUUUCAAACGUUCAGGAACCUUUCAAACAUUCUAGAACCUUUCAAACAUUCUGGAAUCAUGCCAGCAAGUGUCUUAGUAAAAUUGUUACAUCCCAGUAUUACAAGUUACAAGUUAAAUGUUUGUAAUCACCUUUGUGUAUUUAAAUAAAACACCUGUAGGAGAGUUACGAGAGGUAUCCAAAGUGUUCCGUAUAUUUGAAGCUCAUGUUGCGUUGAUGAUAUCUGAACGUUAACAACUUAUGUGUAGAGCAACCGAGGCACAACCCCAGGAUCCAGUCAAGGACCCAUCAAAAAUCAACUAGCGAAGAGUUAGCUUUGUGUUUAUAUCUACAUACAAGUAUUUUCAUAUAAAUAAUAGAUACUAUAAAUUGGUCCAAUGGGUACCCAGAUUUCUAGUUGCACUGUAAACAAUGACCAGCAUACAAACGAGUAAGUCUUGGCACAAAUAGUCUACAACAGUUGCUCUUGAAGCUGGAAGUAUUUACCACCGGCCCAAAUGGCUCAGUUAUCUUCAGGACACUGGCUCCCAAAAUUUCAACAGCUGUAACUGUAAGGCCGUGUCCUAACCGUGUGCGACGCAAGCAUCAGGGGUGAAUCUAACCUGAUGACAUUGUUCCCUGUUGGAGUUUCCUGACUGCAGCGCUGAGCAACGCAACGCGCUCUGUUUCUAGUUUCAUUCCAAAGACAUGGACAAGAAGCGGUUCAUUCAUGAAGUUCAGAUGAGGAGUACCUGUACGAUACCUCCUCAUCUCACCACAAAAACCUUAGAGUCACAGCUGGCUGGAGGGAGAUCGCCAAGUGUUGUGCCUUGACUUGUGUCAACACCAGUGGCCGUUUUUUUUUUCUGUUUCUAAAGUGCGUACAUGGAAAGGUAGAAAAUACUCUUCCAUCUUGGGUGUCUCCAGCCGGUCUCCUGCGCACAGCUGAGAGCAGUGUGGUUUGUUUACAUGACGUGACAGAUGUGUUGCUACGUGACGUGAUGCAGUAUCGCAGGAUGUCCGCGCGCUGUUAGGACACGGUGAUACGGGUUAAGGAACUCUGGCGGACUACUCCUCCACAGAAUGAUCCACAAACAAAAGUUCAUUCUGGAAUGCCUCGUUAAGUUGAGGAAACUUUUAAACAUUCCAGAAUCUUGGUUACAUUUCAGAUGGAAUGUUUCUCAUUGGUUCUCAUAUAUUUAUUUGAAUCAGAAUAUUCUAGAACUUUCAACACGGAUGAAGUAACACAGGAUUCUUGUACUAGUUCUUCGAGAGACUCAUGUUCCAGAGAGGUCUUGUUGGGUUCACAGGGCUUGCGGUCCACGUCGACUCUACAGGUAGUUACAUUUUAGAGGAGGUGCACAUCAGCUAAGUGCGUAGGCCUCUGCGUAGGUACGGGAGCUAUCCAGACCUCUGGUGUAGGCUACGCCGUCGAUUCGAGGGGUAUAAAUCAGCCUUUAAGUGGUCAGUAUUGGAGGUAAUAGUUAGCCGUACAUGUUCCCUUGUCGGUGCAUCACUGACAUUCUCAAGUGGGUCUUAGUGGGACUUGUUUAACGGCUAUAAAUGUUACUCCACCAAAGUGUUACCUACCUAAAUAUGUGUGCACAGCAGUAUUCUUUGAGGCAGUAUUCGGUAGUCCUCUCCAACAUAGACCCUUUAAAGAGGUCUGUAAUAUUUAUCAGAGGUUCUUCAUUAAUUCAAUUAACACUACAUCGGUAAAAACAAAGUUCUGAGGUCUUGCCUUUGCUAAUAGAGGAACAGAUUAAGUCAACUUUUAACAUGUGUUGGCUUUAGCUAGCUUCAAGAGCAGUUAGCCUACAUUUAGAUAAAUAAUUCCAUUUGAGUUGAGGCUAGCAGCGAUGGAAAUGUUCUGACAGUGUUAUUGUUGGGAUGUCAUUUGAAGGAACAUUAACCGAAGAACUUAGCAUCGUAAUCUGGACUUGAAUAGGAAUGAUUUUUCGGUAGGGUGCUUGCUUUAUACCCUCUCCGCUGUACAUCCUUCUGUCCGAAAGUCAAUCGCCUCAAUGAAACUCUACCAGGCUAACAUUAAAAAAAAUGUAACUACAAUUUAUUAUAUAACUUAAACUUAAACACAGAGGGUUUGUUUAUAGUAACGUCAGCAAACAGUGGCAGGAAUUUGUCCUAGCAUGGCUAAUGCUAACAUGCCGGACGUGGCUAACCAGCUAGCCUUUCGCUUCACAUUCCAGUAUUUGAGUGCAGUGUGUAGUGGAAUACCUACAAAUGGUUUUAAAUGAGCAGAUGCUUUAGUUUUCUGUACUAGAUAAGUAUUCUGACUUCUUUUACUCAAAUUCAAUCCAACGCUGCAGCGAUUUGUCAAAGUGUUGCUGUUUUACUAACUUGCCUAUUAGUGAAAAAUUAAUCCGGUCCAAGAUGCAUCAUGUGCUUUUUAUACUAUAAGUCAGGGCCAUGACGUGGGUCACAAUGUGCAGGUUCUUGCUGAGUUAGUUGACAGUAGUUAUAAUAAGACAGCGACGUGAUAUAUGAUGAGAGUACGUUUUGAGAACUAUAACAGUGUUUCAGAGAGAUAAAGAAAUAGACAUUAAAGGUGACAUAUCAUAUCAUGCAAAAUCGACUUUUGAAUGGUUCUCUACCUGAAAUAUAUGUCCCUGGCACGUCUACAAAGGAGGCAUGCUAGUUGUAGGCUGUCUUAAUAAACACAAAGGUCGGUUUGACUCCCCACGUCUGCAGAUUUGAAGAUCUAGUGGAUGAUUUGGAUUUUUCAUGGAAAAGUGCUAGCGCUAGUUAGCAUAGCCACAUAGCUACAUGUUGGUAGCUGUGUACCAAGACACACGUCGACAUACUGACAAAUAAAACAACAAGAAACACUAAAUCUGUGACCAAUGGUUCAGAAAGGUCCUGCUGCAGGCGCCUCUCCGUCAGGAUCAGAUUCUGGAUCAGAUUCAGAGGGUUGAAGUAACGCGGGUCUGUGAGCAGCCGUGUAUAUUCAGCCAACAUGUAAACAUUAGAUCAACGUGCUGGACAGCCGAGGCCACACCCACUUCUUGAGGGGGCGUGGUCAGAGAGCUCAUUCACACUUAAAGGCACAGACACAGAAAACAGCCUGUUCUGAGCAGGGCUGAAAAAGAGGGGUUUACAGGCAGACCAGAAUCUGAUUUCAAAGAGUUUUUAUGAGAAAUAAACUUAAAGACAUGUUUUGGGGACCUCUUAGACCAAUAUAUGUUGAUGAUAAAGAGCAGAAUAUGUCACCUUUAAGACAACAGCAUUUUCAACCAGGUCACACAAUAUAAUGUUCCAACAGUGAAUAAACACUGAACAGGCAAUAACUGUUGAUCAUAAAACGGUGUGUUUGAUAGAAGGCAGAGAUUGCUGUCUAACUGAGACAUCACUUCCAUUGACCAAAGCACACACACGAAAACUAACUAGCCGCUCCUGCGUCGAUCUUUCCUGUAGCUGUUGUAGAAGACGGGGAUUGGAAACCGUGUUCUGUGUUUUCUUUCGAUCCGCUCUGUCCUUGUUCUGAGUCUGAAUCCUGAGUUUCUUGGUCCGCCUGUGGAAAGUCUGUGAGCUGCAUGCUACCGAACCGCUUUACGUCUGCUGUUUGGAAUAGUAGUGGUUUAAAAAAAAACGAAACAAAACUUCAGAAAAAUCUGUCCUGCUGGCUUUUUCUAACACCGCAGUGAGCCUGAUACUCUACAUUUUCUAUUCUUCAGUCACUUGUUGUCGUUAUUGUUUUCGUUUGACUCUGUUAGGCUAUAUUUGUAUAGCACUCCUUUAUGAACUACAAAGUGCUUUAAGACCUUUUUCUCCAUGAUAUUUAUUUUGCACCUUAAACGUCCGAACUCUUUUCGUUGCUCUGUUCUUGUUUUUCUUUUCUUCGUGCUGAUUUGCCCUCUAUGGCGACAUGUAUUCUAACCUCAAUGAGGGACUUGUACAGUGUUAUUCCCCAUUUCCCCUUUUCGCCUGUAUGAAGGUCAGACCUCGGCCAAGUUUCAUUUCACAAGUUGCUCUUCAAACUCCAAACCAGACCAGCAGACUGGAGCUUCAGUUCUCCAGCCUGUUUCCUGAAGCUACAAAGUUCAAGAAGCAGAAAUGAUCUCAUUGAUUUUGUGGUUUAAUCUUACAACUUCUUUAGGGAAUUUAAAGGGCUCAUGGUCUAAGUACCAAAAUGAGGAAAUGCCUUUUAAUUAUUUCCGGGUGUUCAUUCAGGACAAACUGACUUUAACAUCACACAUCUGACAUAAGAAAAACCCCUAUUUCCUUUUUUUUUGCUUUCAAAAUAAAUGCAACAACUUUCACAUCUGGGCUUGUAUUAGCUUAGCAUAAAGAGUGGAAACAGUUAGCCAUGGUUUGUGGCUGUAAUAACAGUUUGGGGGUGAAAAUGCCAAGAAAUCAACAACACGCUCUUGUCUGUAUGAUACAUUUUAAGCUAGGCCCAGUGGCUGGUUAGCUUAGCAUAGUACAUAGACUUGUCCAAAAGUUACAAGAUAUUGCACCAUUGGAAAGAAGAGUAUCUGAUGUGCUGUGUUGCCAAGAGGAAGAUGAUAAAAUCGAUAGCGACCUCAUGUUUAAGCAGUUAAACAUAGGCAAGGACCAGCAGCUUCCUAGCUUAACUUAGCUUAGCUUAGCUUAACAUAAGACUGGAAACAGGGGGAAAUAACUGGUUAGGGUGGUUGAAAGGAAUAGUGGUUGAAAGGAAUAGGUCCACUUUUUGGGAAAUACACAAACCUGUUAAGACCUUAGGUAGCAAUGCAUUGCAUAGCGUAGCAUAGUAACUGGAACAGGGCAACAGCUAGCUUGCUUGCAAUUUGAACUCUUCUUGUUCUUCUUGGUUUGUUUCAUCUGUACAACCUAAAAGAUAAAAGAUACAAAUUUGGUUUUAACUUCUUCUUUGAAAAUUAUUUCAUUUUUUUAAAGUGUACUGUGCCUCUGACCUUUUAGGAAUAUGAUUUUUUUAAGCCCUCGCCCACCUAAAUUGAACCAAAACAAUGAGAUAACUUCUGACUUCCUUUGAAGACACAAACUUUGACUUCCUGGACAUUUGAACGUGGCCUUCGUCUGACCCUGUCGGUGUGUUACAUGAUAUACUGUAUGCCUUUAGGCUGUAUGAAAUAGCCCCCUUUGCCUAUGGACCCUGGUGUCUGCUGGUGAGCUACAUGUGUGUAUGUGGUUUUAUACACACCUUGUUGCUUUUUAUUUAUUUAUGUAAUGUAAGUAUUCAUUUGGUUAUUUAUUUAAUUAUUUAUUUAUUUAUGCCCGCAUCCUGUUUAUUGGUUUCGGCACCUGUGGCGUAUUUUAAGGAUUGUCAAAAACAUUGAUGUAUGAUGUGGAGGAGGGGAGGGCGGGGGGAGAUGAAGGGAUAGGGGGGUGGGUUUUAUUGGGGGGGGGCUGUGGUCAAUGGUAAAAACCUAGCUGUGAUACUAACUCUAACUGUUGCUCUCCUCGUAUUGGACGAUGAUAUUAUCUAUGACCACUGUAUGUAUAACUGCUUGUCGUGAAGAUGAACUACAAUGUAAUGACAAUAAAGAACUAACACUAUAA